AUGGAGAAGAGCUUUGUGGAGAAGUGCCUUCACAGCAUCGAGGUCAACGGCCGCCACAUCGAGUAUGCUGUGUCUGGUGAGGAGACGGGUGAACCAGUGCUGCUUUUCUACCCACUAGGUGCUUCCCGAAGCAUCGUUGCAGUGUUCCAUGGCCCUGCCACGCGUGUGGGUGUGCGCUUGAUAUGCAUCAAUCGCCCGGGUAUGGGGCAGGCCUCUCCAACACACGUGGGCUCGCACAUAGAAGUGCACUGCCAAGACGUGGUUUCCUGCCUAGAUCACUUGGGCAUCCACCGGGUACGACUGUUGUUCCUAUGUGCGGGGGCACCAUUUGCACUCGGGUUCCAGGCAAGAUAUCCUCAUCGGAGUCAUGGACGCUUAGUGGGUUGCUCAUCCUGGGUCUCACCCAGUGACUGUCCAUCUGCGAAGUUCAUGUAUCAAGUGGGCGCAGGCCUUCCGUCCAGCCUCUUGGCAUCGUUGGCAGAUGCUAUGGUGGGCUGGACACGGUCGAUGCCAAGCUCUUCGUCUGGAUACUCCAACUGGGCCUUCACAUCUUUCUUGCCCUCCUCGUCCAUGCGCCUUUCGCAGCCAGCGGAGGUCAAAGUUGUACCCGUCCUGGAGCAAAAGGCUUGCGCCGACAGUCAGGCUGAAGUGGACAUUUUAAUGGAGCGCUGUGCUUCACUGCUGAUGGAGCAGGAGACUGGUGGCGAGGGCCCUGAUGCUGCAACUCUGGUGGAAAGUGCCAAAGCAUGGGGUGUGGACUAUCGACGUCUUGGAUGCUCCAUGGUCCUCCUGCAUGGAGAUGCCGAUGUUACGGUGCCUGUAGAUUGCGUGGAGUGGUUGCAGGAACAGAUCCCCAAGACGGUGCUGCAUCGCAUCCCGGACGCUGAACACGGCGAAGCAAUGCUCUUGAGCAUCUCCGUAGCCCUGCGGGUGAGCAGCUGA